UUGAAUUUUUAAUUCGCAAAAUUCUGUGCAUCACCCCAAAAAGAUAACCAAAAAAAAUGAGGCAGAACUCCAAAACCACGGACCAGAACCAGAACCAGGAUCGCAUCUGCUAGCUCCAUCGCCAUGGCGGAGACGACGACGACGAAGGAGAGCGAGGGGACGGCGGCGCCGCUGCACGUGGCGAUGUUCCCGUGGCUCGCCGUCGGCCACUUCAUCCCCUUCCUCCGCCUCGCUACCCUCCUCGCGCGGCGGGGCCACCGGGUCUCCUUCCUCUCCACCCCGCACAACCUCUCGAGGCUCCCCAGGAUCCCCGCGCACCUGUCCUCCCUCGUCGCCCUCGUGCCCCUCCCCCUCCCCGACACCCCCGCCCUGCCCCCGCUCGCCCAGUCCUCCGCCGACGUCCCCAACCGCCACCAGCAGCUCCUCAAGCCCGCCUUCGACGCCCUCCUCCCCGCGCUCCGCUCCUUCCUCCAGUCCUCCCGCCCCGACUGGAUCCUCUACGACUACGCCUCCCACUGGCUCCCCGCCCUCGCCGCUGAGCUCCGCGUCCCCCACGCCUUCCUCAGCCUCUUCGCCGCCGCCGUCCUCUCCUUCUUCGGCCCCCCGCGGGAGCUGGCCUCCGGCAGGAGGUUCCAGCCCGCCGGCGGCGGCGGCGGCGGCGGCGGCGGCGGCGGGGACUUCACCGUGGUCCCGCCGUGGAUCCCCGCCGGGUCCGGCCUGGCUUUCCUCCCGCACGAGGUCGCGAGGGUCGCGGAGCGGUCGGAGGCGAGGGUGGAGACCACGGAGGACGGGGUGCGGUUCGGCAUCUCGAUCGGGGAGAGCGACGCGGUCGUGGUUCGGACCUGCGAGGAGUUCGAGCCGGAGUGGCUCGGCCUGCUGCGCGAGCUGUACGGCGACAAGCCGGUUUUGCCGGUCGGGCUCUUGCCUCCGACGGACGAAGGGGAUGAUGACGAGAGCGAUGACGUGGAAGGUAGGGAGACUUGGGAAUUUAUAAAAGAUUGGUUGGAUGGGCAGGAGGCCAACUCGGCCGUCUACGUGGCAUUCGGCACGGAGGCUACGCUCACCGGAGCCGAGCUGGUGGGGUUGGCCCUCGGGUUGGAAAUGUCCGGGCUGCCCUUCUUCUGGGUGCUCCGAAGGCCGCCCGGGUCGGAUCGGCACGAGGGGUUGGGGAGCCUGCCGCGCGGGUUCGUGGAGAGAGUGAAGGGCCGAGGGCUCGUCCACUCCGGGUGGGCCCCGCAAGCGAAGAUCCUGCGGCACGAGUCGGUCGGGGGGUUCCUGACUCAUUGCGGGUACAACUCGAUCGUCGAGGGCCUCUCGCUCGGGCGGGUCCUGAUUACGUUCCCCGUGAUGAAUGAGCAAGGGCUCAACGCGAGGCUGUUGCGCGCAAAGGGGGUCGCGGUCGAAGUGCCGAGGGAUGAGGUGGACGGGUCUUUCACGGGAGAGUCGGUGGCCGGGGCGGUCCGGUUGGCCAUGGUGGAUGAGGCGGGCGAGCCGGCGAGGGCGGCGGCGAGGGAAAUGAAGGGCGUUUUCGGAAAUAAGGAGAAAAAUGAUGGCUACGUGGAUGAAUUCGUUCGUUACUUGAAAGAGCAUAGGAAGCCAACUGAUAAGAUUAACCUGUAAAUUUGUGAUGCUGUAUCUUUCCACAAAUUUAUCAAUGAAAAGGAAAAAACGAUUCUAA